CAGAAAACCACACGCAAAAAUGCGUUUCCUUGUUGUGUCAACGCUUUUGUUGGCCUCAUUGGCAGCCGGCCAAAAUGCAGAUGCUAUCGAAAUACAAAAGCAAAGGCUGGUCAAAUUUCCCGAGGAGUUUGAUCCGAAUGUGGCGCCGCCAACGUCCGACAAAGCGGACGAGGCCAAGCGCAUUCUCGAGCAGAUAGCCAAGGUGAACGAGGCCUUUGGCUAUGUGAAGAAGAGGCCCAAUCAGCCAAAGCUGCCGCCCAUACUCGACUCCAGUCAGUAUCUGUUCCCCAAGCCCGCCCAACAGCCCUUCCAUGCCCAGCAGCAUCACUUCUCGGGCAGCAUGGGCCAAACCUUACUGGAGCCUUCCAUACGCGCCGUCAAGCUAACAAGGAAUGCAAUGCCCCCAAAGCAGCAGUUAUAUUUCCGACCCAAUCGUGUGCAGCUGCCGAAGCCCAGCUCUGAGCAGGAGGCUAAACAGCUGCCCGCCCACUUUGUCAUACCGGUUCAUCUGUACAAGCUAAACAAGGAGCAGUAUUUGCGGGAGCAGGCACCUCAAGAGUAUCGCAUCAAGGGCUACAAGAUCAUUGGCGAUGUGGACAGCUUCUAUGGCAAGGCCAAGGCAAUGAACGAGAAACAGAACAAGAAGCAGACCAAGAGUACGCCCAAAUAUCAUUUAUUCUUUCUGCCCAGAGAGUUAGCGCUAAAUGAAGAUGGCACGCUCAAGCGUGGCACAGCAAGCACCACCACUGCAACCACCAAAAUGCCUACAGGCACCAAAGAAUCUCGUGUAGAUUCGCGUGAAAAGCAAACAACUAAGCCACAAACACAAUCACAAUCCCAAUCUCAAACUCAAUCACAGCCACAACGUAUUCCCGGCGUGGUCGCUCCUACUACGCAUAGCAAUCGCAAGCGGAUUAACGCUGCCAACACCAUCAAACCCAAGGAAGCGGAACAAAUGCUGCCGAAGGUCACCUCAGCGCCUAUUCAUAGCACCUCAGAUCUGCUAUCUACAUUGCCACCGGCAGGUGGCCUGCUAAAUAAUCGAAAUCGUUUGAGCGUGUUCCGCGUGCCCAACGUCAAUCUGGCCCAGAUGCAGAAUCAAACGUCAACAGCAAUCAAGAACGCCUUUCAGAAUAUAUUCAAAAUGCCCUUCAGCACACCCACUGCCCUGACGGGAACAACGGCCGCGCAGCAGCCGGUGAUGUUACAGAGUACACCACUACAACCACCUGAACAUAGCGAUUCGCUUCAGGACGAUUACAAGUGGGAUGAUGAGAAGGAGGGUGGCGGCGAUGGCAGCGAUCUCGAUACCCUCGAGCAAAUUGAGAACACAGCCGCCGAACAGGAUAGCAGCGUUGCUGCCGAGAAGCAUCUGUUUGCGCACAAGCACCAUCAGUUGAUGAACACCAUCGGCACAGUGGCCACCGCCCAUCAUGGCACACAGAAACAGGCUCUGCGCGAGGGCGGCAUCAUCAUACAGCGCUUGAAGGUGCGCAAGGGCGGUAUUGCGAUUGCUGGCCCAGGAGGCGUGGCAACGGCCGGCAGUGGGGGUACAGCGAUUGUGGGACCCGGCGGCUAUGCACUGACACAUCCACGCAGCCUGACCAUAGCCGGUCCCGGUGCCAAAGUGAUUUCGAUACCCUCCGACGUAGACUUAAAGGAUGCACUGCUGCGCACAGAUGUGGGAGCAAAGAGUUUUCCACGCGAGGGUAAAGUGGUGGCCAUCGGACCCACUGUCUAUUAUGCACCGCCCACUGGCAAGUUGUCAGUGGAUUACGACGACGACGAGAUGAAUGAGGAGUUUGAGUCACUAUCUUAACUGCCCAGCUAGGAAAUUGUUGUAGCCCUCUAAAAGCAAAAUCACACACAACAAAAUAAAAUAGAUAAUUGAUUUGUAGGGUUGCGCAACAGUUGAGAAUUGUGGCUAUGUUCGAUUUUAA